UGUCGCCAGCCAAUCCAUUCUAAAAUAAAAACAGAGGAGGAGAAGUCACAUGAACCAUGUAAGUGUUCAUUUCAUUCACAGGAGCAGGGCUCGAUCAAAGAGCACAGACGAUCUAGAGCAAGAGGGGAUCGAUUAGGAGGUCAGUAAUGGCGGAGAAGAUGGCCAAGUCUCAGUUCUCUCUCACUUGCAGCCUUUUUAGCCAAUAUUUGAAGGAAAAGAGGACCCUUGGAAACAUCAACCUGGCCCCUACGCCUCUUCAUCACCAAGCUAAAGAGAAGCCGAGAUCUCCUACCACCUUGAACUUGCUACCGGGCGUGGAUGUGUCCGCUGAGGAUCAGUCCAACCCGGACAAAAAAACUCCAAUAUCCAUGGAAUUAUUUCCGCAGCGCGCAGGUUUUGAUUCCCCUGCAAAGGAAGAAUUUGUCAAGAUUCCUUCAAACACGGAGGAGGCAGGGAAGGCUUCGCUGACCAUCUUUUACAACGGCAAGGUGCUGAUUUUCAACGAUUUCCCGGAGGCGAAGGCCAAGGAUCUGAUGCAAAUGGCAGGGAGAGAGAGCAAUCUCGCAGUUCAAAAACUUGCCUCAGCUACCGGCAGUCAGCCGCCAGCGCCGGAGCAGAAUCCAGCUGCUCAGCCUAAUUCUUCUGCAGACAUGCCCAUAGCAAGGAGAAACUCUCUGCACCGGUUCCUGGAGAAGAGGAAGGAUAGGAUUAACACCAAAGCUCCAUACCAAGUCCACGGCGGUAUCUCGCCGGCGCCGGAGGCCGCAGGGAAGCCGGAAAACGGCCAGCCUUGGCUUGGAUUGGGCAGACAAGCUGUGAAAAAGGAGCCUGCUGGUUGUUAGAGCAGCAGAUAGGUUUUGCUUCAACGCGUGCUGCACGCCAUCUUAUCUGCGAUCCAUCACACAUCGAUCUCCGCUUGCUAGCUUUUUCAUUAGAUUUGGCUUCAGAUCCAUGUUAUAGAUGGAUCUGCUAAAUAUCUUCUUCCUUCGAUUAAUCUUUCUGAUUAAUUAGGAGGAUUUAAUUAAUCUUGGUUUAGGGAGGAAUCCUGCUGGUGUACUUUGUCUAAGAUCUAAACAUGUUUCUAUAUUUUUGGAUCUCUCAGGCGGCCCUGCCGAUUGAGGAGAUCUUACCUUAGGAAGAAUUUCUGCUGUAAUAUUAUAUACGAUGAAAUUAAUAUUUUUUUGGUCUUCGGCCAAAAAGUAUUUCUAAAUUAA